GCUCAGGUGUGUGGGCCCGGCCGGCCGCCACCGCUCAGCAAGAUGGAGGCCCUCAAUGUGUCCAACCCGUACAACUUCACCCUGCCACCCAACUUCGGCAAGCGCCCCACCGACCUGGCCCUGAGCAUCAUCCUGGUAAUCCUGCUGCUCAUCAUUAUGCUCUCACUGGGCUGUACCAUGGAGUUCAGCAAGAUCAAGGCUCACUUCUGGAAGCCCAAAGGGCUGACCAUUGCUCUGUUGGCCCAGUAUGGCAUCAUGCCUCUCACUGCCUUUGUGCUAGGCAAGAUCUUCCGGCUAAGCGACAUAGAGGCGCUGGCCAUCCUGAUCUGUGGCUGCUCGCCAGGGGGGAACUUGUCCAACAUCUUCAGUCUGGCCAUGAAGGGAGACAUGAAUCUCAGCAUAGUGAUGACCACCUGUUCCACCUUCUUUGCCCUGGGCAUGAUGCCCCUCCUCCUGUAUAUCUACACCAGGGGAAUCUAUGAUGUGGACCUGAAGAGCAAGGUGCCCUAUGGUGGCAUUGUGCUAUCAAUGAUCCUGGUUCUCCUUCCUUGCACCGUGGGGAUCUUCCUCAAUGCCAAACGGCCACAAUACGUACGCUAUGUCAUUAAGGGAGGGACGAUCAUCUCACUUAUGCUCACUGUGGCUGUCAUAGCACUCUCUGCCAUCAAUGUGGGCAGCAGCAUCCUAUUUAUCUUCACACCACACUUAAUGGCCACCUCCUCCCUAAUGCCUUUCGUUGGCUUCCUGCUGGGCUACAUUCUCUCCGCUCUCUUCCGCCUCGAAGGACGAUGCAGACGCACAGUCAGCAUGGAGACUGGAUGUCAAAAUGUUCAACUGUGCUCCACCAUUCUCAAUGUGACCUUCCCCCCUGAAGUCAUUGGACCACUUUUCUUCUUUCCUCUCCUCUACAUGAUCUUCCAGCUUGGAGAAGGCCUUCUCCUAAUCGCCCUCUUUCGGUGCUAUAAGAAAAUCAAACCUUCCAAAGACAAAACAAAAAUGAUUUACACAGCUGCCACAACUGAAGUAACAAUUUCAGGAGCUGUGAGCAAUGGCACCACACCCAAUAAGGGGAGUGCAGUGCUUCCUUGCACAGUCUAACCUUCUCCCCGUGUCCUGGAUUUUGAUCAGAGAGCAACACAGAAAGCCAGUGUGAUAAGCUACGAUGAACAGAAUGAUGAAACAGCCAAGUCAGAGUCUUUGUCCAGCAUUUCCAGUAAUAACAACCAGUCGGCAGCCCUUGCCUGGAAGACAGCAUCUACCUGAAAAGCCUCACCUAUUCCCAGCUUAGAAUUUUGAUACUUGUUUAUAAAAGACACUCAAUGACAGCUCUGACAGCCGGAACCAAAACUGCAUUUUCCCCUCAUGUCUCUAUUAACAGUGCCUGACAGGCAUAUAGAAAGGCACUCAACUA